UCCCGUCAGAGCCCCGCCGCCCGCUCGGAGCGGAGAGCGCCACAGCCGGGAGCGGCGAGUUCUUCCUCCUCCUCCUCCUCCUCCUUCUCCUCCUCCUCGCCCUCCUCCUCCUCCUCCGCCCCCGCCUCCGCCUCCGCCUCCCGGCCGGGAAGAGCUCGCCGUGCCCGCAGCCCCGCUGGAUGCGCUGAGCCGCGGGGAGAGGGGCAGGAGGCAGCCGCCAGCCCCGCCGCCGUCGCGCUGCGGUGCCCGGAGCCCGAUCGCCGCCUCCCUUCCAUCCCUCCCCGCCGCACGACCGCGGUGUGUGCGCGCCCCCGGCCUCCUCUCUGCAGCCCAGGCGGCGGCGGCGGCGGCGGGGGCUGCUUUUUUUUUUUUUUUUUUUUUUUAUCCUUCCCCCCCACCUUUUUUUUUUUUUUUUUUUUUUUUAAUCUUUACGGGGCCGCCAUGGGAUGUACCCUGAGCGCCGAGGAGAGGGCCGCCCUGGAGCGGAGCAAGGCCAUCGAGAAGAACCUCAAGGAGGACGGGAUCAGCGCCGCCAAAGACGUGAAACUCCUGCUGCUCGGGGCCGGGGAGUCGGGGAAGAGCACGAUCGUGAAGCAGAUGAAGAUCAUCCACGAGGAUGGCUUCUCUGGAGAAGACGUGAAGCAGUACAAGCCAGUGGUCUACAGCAACACUAUACAGUCACUGGCAGCUAUUGUGCGUGCCAUGGAUACCUUGGGCAUCGAGUAUGGAGAUAAGGAACGACGGGCUGAUGCCAAGAUGGUCUGCGACGUCGUAAGUCGGAUGGAGGACACAGAGCCCUUCUCUCCAGAGCUGCUGUCAGCUAUGAUGAGACUCUGGGCAGACUCCGGGAUCCAGGAAUGCUUCAACAGGUCCCGGGAAUAUCAACUUAAUGACUCGGCCCAAUACUACCUAGACAGCUUAGAUCGAAUCGGAGCUGCAGACUACCAGCCCACGGAGCAGGAUAUCCUUCGAACCAGGGUCAAAACAACUGGCAUCGUAGAAACCCACUUCACAUUCAAAAACCUCCACUUCAGGCUCUUUGAUGUCGGAGGCCAGAGGUCAGAACGCAAGAAGUGGAUCCACUGCUUUGAGGAUGUCACAGCGAUCAUUUUCUGCGUCGCGCUGAGCGGCUACGACCAGGUGCUCCAUGAAGACGAAACCACGAACCGCAUGCACGAAUCACUGAAACUGUUUGACAGCAUCUGCAACAACAAGUGGUUCACAGAUACAUCUAUCAUCCUCUUUCUAAACAAGAAGGACAUAUUUGAGGAGAAAAUUAAGAAAUCUCCACUGACUAUCUGCUUUCCUGAGUACACAGGCCCCAACGCUUUCACCGAGGCAGUGGCUUACAUCCAGGCUCAGUACGAGAGCAAGAACAAGUCCCCCAACAAGGAGAUCUACACGCACAUCACCUGCGCCACCGACACCAACAACAUCCAGUUCGUCUUCGACGCCGUCACGGAUGUCAUCAUCGCCAACAACCUGCGGGGAUGCGGACUCUACUAAAGCCCUCUCCUCCCCUCCUCUCCUCGCAGCCGCCAGGAGCGCCCGCAGUCCCGCGGACAGGUCCUCUCUCUUUCUUCUUCUCCUCCUCGGAAGGCGAUGAGGAAGGAGUACGUAAAUCCCUCCUUCUGCCCCAGGAAACUCUGCAGCGAGUUCUGCUUUCCCCCAACCCCGUUUGAUUUUGGUUUGGUUUAUUUUGGUUGAAUUCCCCUUGCUGCCUCUUUUCACUCUUCCGUUCCAAUUCACAGUGCUGUAGAGGGAGCUAAUACGUUUCCCACAAAGUGCAUUUCAACUGCCAAAAACCAGAAAUACUCCAUUUACAAAAAAAAGAAAAACUCAAAGCCUUAAAAUACUUGUCAGCAACAGCGUAGUUCGGAACCAAAACCUCUUUUUUUUUUCCUUGAAAUUAAGGGAUAUUUGUAAUUCUCCUUAUUUAUCUUUUUUCAUAAUUACUAUUUGUUUGAGAAGCACUAGACACGUAAUCAUUUUGAAGGUACCCUGUGGCUCCAGUUCCCACCCCAAAGCCAGAGGGGCCGGUGCUGAACGCAGCCCCAGCAGCCUGGCUUUGAACAUUCUCCCUUUUUCCAGCCAGCUCUUUGAACAAGUGAAACAGCCAUACCGAGUUUUGCUGGUGUCUAAGACAGAUGCAGUAACAAAACCUACUAAGCAUUGCCUAAAAGCAUUCAUUACUGAUAACAAUUUUACCUCCAGUUUUCCAAAAUUAACGUUAAAAUCUGCCUAGUGUUCUCAGUAACCCAGAUCUUACUCGCGUCCCGCGGAGCUGCUGCACGGAGUGGGCUGGGCUGUAACGAGGAUGGUGAUCUUGGAGGUCUCUUCCAACCUAGCUGAUGCUGUGAGGAUGCCCGUGGCCAGCAGGUGACGGGGAUUUCCCUGUGUGCCUUGCAGUUGAGGCAGGAUGUGUCCCAUUUGGGGCUGUGUGUGCUCCACAGCUGGCACCAGGGACGCUCAUGGCAAAGCACGGCCCUCGCCAUCCCCACAAAGCCAGGGUUUGACCUUCACAUACCUAAAACUUAGAGAGGUGAUUUUGGAAACCUCACCAGGCUUGGGGGAUGGUGGGGUGCGAGGGAUCCCUUCGGCUCGUGCCGACUCCUCACCCAUCUAAAUGCCCCUAAGUCACCCUCCGGAGCCUCCUGGCUGAGCAGAAGCAGGUGGCUUGUGUCACCUCCUCCCCGAGCAUCCAGGAGAGGUGGCUCCAGGUUUAGUGCCUCCACCAGGUCACCUCUCUACCCGUAUCCAAAGCGUGAGGGGUGGUUUAUUAACGGGGAGGGAAAGCUCAGGGAGCUGAUUUGUGCCAAGCGAUGGGGUAGGAACAAGUGCAAAGGAAAGAGGGAAGGAAGGAAGGAAAGGCAGGGGGGAAGGUGUGGAAAGGACAAGAGCAGCACCCAACAUGACAGAACGUGGGGAAGGACAAGCAAGGCUGGGCUGGGGCACGUGUGGCCAUCAGGCUGCCAUUGCCACGAGCUCCGGGUGCUGCCAGUUGAGGUGAAGGCAGAGGGGGAGCCUGAGAGGUCAGGUGUGACCUCUGGGAACACAGAGGGACCCUUAAUAGUCCACCCCAAAAGGGAGAGAGCCACCUGCCAGCUCCUUCCCUGCUUCUCGUGAAAGUUCACAAAUGUGAGUCUUUCCAGGACAGACGCGAGUCCAGCUGCCCUCCCCUCAGAGCCCCCACCAGGGCUUGCUUUCAGCUCUCGAGAGGUCUGGGACUCCUCCAGUGCCACGUCUGAGCAGGAGAAUAGCAGUGUUCUUGCUGUACCCACCCAGGAGAGGUGACGUGAGAGCAGGCCAAGUCAGCACAGCCAAAGGCGAGGGGCCGGGUGAGUGGGGGUGCGUGAGGCAAGGUUAGGAGCAGGUGGGAAGGGAUGGAGGGAACCGCAGUGGGGGGUCUGCAGGGCUCAGUUUGGGGCAGAAUUUGCAGAAGGGAGAUGAAGCAGGUUGAGGCAGCAGGGAGGAAGGGAAGAUGGGAAGAGAAGUGUUCCUGGGAGGCUGGAGGGGUUUCGCCAUCCGAGGCUGUGCUCUGCCAGGGACGGUGCUGGUGAGGUGUCUGACAGAACCCCAGGAUGCAGGGCAGGAGGAAAGCAAGGUGGCUCUCAUCCACCUAACCCCAUCGCAUGGCUCAUAGCUGUGUCAGCAAUGCCUUAAUUAGCAUGUAAUUAUAAAACCGCUUAGCAUUACAAAGGGAGGGCUCGCUGCUCCUCUUCUGGACGCUCCCAGCCAUAACACCAGGCCUCUGCUCCAGCACAAGCCACCUUCCUCUUUGCCAUCUCAGCCUUGAAAUUCCUCUGGCAGAGUCAGCCCCCAGCCCCUCCAUGUGGUGCCAGCACGCUGCUACGCAGCCGUCAGCCAAAGGACCCCUGAACAUGAGGCACCUGCACGUAGCCGUCUUUGUUUUAGCUCAGGGGUUUCAGAGUCGGGGAAGGAUUCUCAUAGAAAGGAUUUUCAAGGGUUUUCAACAGGUGCCCAGUUCUCUCCAGCUCCCUAGGAGGUACCAGCUGCCUCCCUCAGCCUUGGAAAGAUUUCUAGGCUUGCUGAGCUCUCACCCCCAGAGACUAAAGCCAAGGGAAUGACAGUAAAAUGCCACCAGCCUGCUUGUUCUUGCAGGAAGAGGAGUUGAGUGCAUAAACAGGCACUAAAUACAAAAGAGAAAUACACAGGACCCAGGUCUCCCCCCGCAAGCUUCCCCUCCGCCCAGUGCAGAGCCCUCUUCUUGCACGGCCGUCUGAGGCUAUCAGAUUCACUCAGCUCCUUGCUUUGCUUUUCAAGGCAGCACACAACAGCAGCGGGACGGUGCUCCGGCCACGGGAGGAGGCAGGAAUUGAGCUGGAGGGAGGCUCCUGGAGCUUGCUCAGGCGAUGUACAUGUGCAUUGAGCAUCAAGAUAAGGGCUAGAAAGCUGAACGUUAGCUACAUUGGAUACCUAAAGGGUACGUUAUUGCCAGACCCAGGGUGAAGCUGCGUACAGCAGUGCGCUGGUGCCUACACGGGCAGCGAAGCAGUGCUUUAUGAAGCUCCCUCAGAAUAAUUUGAUCAGCAGCUCCAGGAGCUCAGAGGUUUUCUGUUUCCACCCCUCGCUGUGUGUGACAUUUCCUCUGAUUCAGCAAGUAACAGAAGCUGUCCCCAGCGAAGGCAGCACCAAGCCAAAGCUCCAGGAGUUUCCAGCAUAAAGCGUGCAGGAAUAUUUUGGGGAAGAAAAUCGGAAUUAACCCCAAACUCUGCUGAAUGCAGCUGUGCCACCAGUCCUGCUGGGUGCUCUCGCACCUUGCUCUGGGCUGGAUUCGGGCACCCCAAAUGGGGACCAGGAGGUGCAAACCCACCCAGCCCCGGCAGCAUCCCCAGGCAGUUGGUUACCAUCCCUGGCUGGCGCUCCGCAGGGACACAGGGGAGAAAAGAGGAGGAAAUGUUGACACACUGAGCCUUUUCUUUCAUUUUCUUUGGCAUAUUGUACAUCUAAAGCUUCAUUUCAGCUGCUGCUGCUGACAUUCCCUCCCUCACAGGAGUGUCGUGAGGAUUAACUGACAAAGGCUUGAAACGGUGUUUGAAAGAUGAAAUGCUUUCAGCGUUAAACACUACUAUUUUUCCCACUUGAUGGCCUUGUAUAGUUUUUUGUCUCCAAGAACUCCUGCCAAAGCAUUACUCACCGCUGGGUUUCUGCAUCCCUCCCAGGCCCUUUCUGACAGAUGUGCCUUUCGCAGGCAAUUUUUUUGCCCGGUGCUUUUUCUUAGUCCUCAGCCCUGGCAGUCCUUGCGGGAAUCGCCCGGAACUGUUGCGUGUACACCUCGCUGCCCUUCAGAGCUAAUGGGGGAACGUGCAAACGGUGCCGAUUUCGGCAUGCCUGCUGGUGGCUCAAUGGAUGCAGGUUUUAAUGAGCUGGUCCAGCAGCAGCAUCCAAGUGGCACCAUGAUCAGAGUGGCACUGACAAGUCACAGUGAGCUUCGGGCAGCAGCAGAAAGAAAGAAACCCUCCCUGUGCUCCAUCAGCAACAAGAGGGUUGGGCGUGAGGAGACGUGAGAUGAAAAAAUUCCCGUAGGACACAUUUAAGGAGCAAAUUCAACAGAACAGAGAAACUUGUAGAAGGAAAAGCUUGCAGUGAACCCAUAGACAAGGCACGAGGAUUCACAACCACCUCAUGCAGGAGGCGGUGGUAGCGGGGCUUACAGCAAUAAACACAGGCUUUUUCUCACCAUGCUCUGGCUUCCACAGGUGGCCCAGGGAAGUGCAAGCUCUCUGCAGGGCCAUCUGGCUGCCCGUCUGCUAACGUGGGUCCGUCCCCAAUGCUGCUGGGGCACCACAGGAGGCAGCAGCCUCCAAAAAACACUUCCCAGUACUCCCCUAUCUCUCAGGAGCUCGUGAGAAUUCGCUGCCUGCCCUCACCCUUGCGUGGGGCUCUCCUUACUUUCCCAGUGAGGCGCAGGCACGGGGUCCAGGUGCAGCACGAUGCAGGCAAACUCCAGGCUCCAGAGCGGGGCCACAGCCUGGACCUCCACAGAGGGGAGGACAUCCUCAGAGGACGUCCUCAGGACACACGAUUUUGUUUUAAAGGACACUAGAAGUAUUAACAAGAGCAGCCUAUACUGUUAACAUGUGCUAAAAUAGAUCUGGUGCCUUUAAUCGAUGGUGACAUGGAGUGGGCUUUGCUUCCAGGCCAGGAGCAGUCCCAAGAGGUGAGGAGUAGCCCCAUAAGAUGUCCUUUUGCCAGAUCACCCCAGUUUGCCAGACCCUGCACCAUGGCACGCGAGAUAUUUGUGGCAGAGCUCCUGGGAACGAGGCUGAGCAUCAGGUCUGUUAGAUAAGAGCAGCUCUGGUACAUUUGUGUCUUCAUCAUGGGCCAGGUUUGGCUGUAGGCUGAUGGCCAAGAACUCCCCAACCAUUUCCAAGGAGCCUGAAAUAUUCAUGGAAGUGCCCAGGUCAGCAGGGACGGUGCUGCACAGCACCACCCCGAACCAGCCAGGAAACGCUCCUGACCCCAUUGCACACAGCACAGCACAUCCCCAGCACAGGCUGCCCAAAAGGGCAGACCGUGGCCUUGCCUCCAUUUCCCCCAAGGAAAGAGCAGACAGAAACACUCCCAAAAGCCCUGAGACUCGAGUGUACAUGGUAAUUUCUGAGCGCUUGCGAUGACACAAUGUAAUUGAUGCUGACAGAUAUAGGUAUGUGACCUAUAUGAUGCUGUGCUGAGAACGUGGCUAUGGAGAGGGACUUCUCCCAGCACUGCUCGUGUCCAAGCCAGCAGCCUGGGGGCUCUCUGGGGAGAUCUUGCUCCAUGCUGCCCACGGCAGGGCACACAUGCUGGCCCUUGAAGGCCAGCACAUCUGCUGGAGGAGAGCCUCCCAGCCAGCACCUCGCAGCCAGGAGAAGCCAGCUCAGGUCCCCUGCUGGGACCUUCUCUCUCUGUGAUUUGCAAUACUGCACCCCAAAAAAAGUCAGAAGCCACAGCUGCAUCACACACCCUGACAGAGCCUUAUUAGUAGUCUCACAACCAAAUCCUGGCUGUCCCGUGGCACCAGCAGGAAGCUCUGCCUCUGAAUGCCAGGCUCCAGGUGGGGAGAGGAGAGCGCAGCAGGUACCAGCACAAGGUCCCUCACCACCUUCUCCCCAGGGCCGUGCCAACCCCUCUUUUUCUAGGAUCCCCCCAUUCCCCCAGGCCAUCCCCAGCCCAGCUGCAGGACCACAGCUCACCCAAGACAGCCUCACCCUCUCUGCCUCACACGCACAUCAAGUUCAAAGACAAGGCACCACUCCAUUAAAACCCCAUUCCCCCAUUUAAACACCCUCCCCCGGCCGCCCCCCCCCCUUCAGCUCAACAAGGGAACAGUGACCGUCACCGUGCCUCCGGGCCGUCCUGCCCGCUGUCCCCUCUCCGCCACCGACCUCUUCCCGACGGAUCGCCGGGGGCUCCCUCGUGCUGCCUCCCUGCCGAACCGUUCCUCCUGCAUGUUCGAUGGCCCAGCCUGUAUUAACUGUAAUUUUGUACGAAGAGUGACUGUCCGUUGGUUUAAUAGAGCAUUAGCGAUUGUAAUAAUUUAUUGGCUGUCGGUAAUGUAUUUAUUAGUUACAAAAUGUUAAUAAAGUGCCAGCUCUUUUCUAGCGUGAGAGGGUUUUAUUGUGUCUCCCUUGAGCGUGUGCUGCUUUUUCUCGGCCCGGCUGCUCCGUGCUGUCGGUCACCAUCCUGCAGCACUGCCAAAGCCAUGGCAGAGCGUCUGGCUGUCCAGCCCACGUCAGUUGUCUGUCCCAGCCUCACUCACCUGGCAAUAAGGAAUUUGAAAAGGAUCAGCCCAAGAGGUGAGUGAUCGCCUUUGUAUCCGUGUCGCUUGCUGCCAAGUGCAACAACACCGGGGCAUGAGAGCAGCCACCUCCACUCCAACCCCUUCUGCCUUAAAGAUCUGACAUUUUCAACGUUUUAUCUGAUCCAAGCACCUGCAUGAAAGCCAUUUAAAUAAAGCGGGGUGAUGUGGGCAGCAUGGCUGGUGUCCUUCGCUUCUUGGCAGUGUCCCCGCUUCCCCGAGCUUUCCUCCUGUGCCGUGGUUGCAAAUCCGUUACAAGCAGCAAGUUUUGCAUUGCUUUUCCUCCAUCAAUGAGCAAGCACAGCAACAAAAAAGCUAUUUCUGGUUCAUUUCAAUAAGUCGUGCUUUCUCCCCAUUGCAGUGACACAAUACUUGGAGCACCUCUCGGUCCCCUCAGAAUAACAACUCGUGUCAGUUUGUUCUUUUGUGUCUGAACCAAAGGGCUUCCAUCGCUGGAGGCAAGAAACAGAAAGCAUGAAUACAAACUUGAAGACAGCAAGGGAAGUUUUUCCAUCAGCCUGAACAUGGGAAAAUUCAUUGUUACUCCUGUUGACUUCACCAGCUUUCAGUGGUGUAACUUCAGCUGGACCUAGCCUCAGCAGUUCCCGUACCUCCCAGCCUGCCGCCCAGGCAGGAUCUCAGGACAGCUCUGAGGACAGCUCAGGGAGAAGGGGUUUGUCUUUGGCUAUUUGUAUGGUGGAUCCGGUAAGAUGUCCCCUGGGAUGCCAUCCUGCUCAGAUAUCCAGGGCUCGGAAGUUACCAGGGUUAUCUUCUCUGCUUUUGGGGCUUGGAUUCCCCCAGGCACAUCCUUUGUUUGCCUUUGUUUGUUUCAGCUGCUCCUCCAGCACCGCUCCUUUCUUUAAGGCACAUUUAUGAAACAAAACGGGAUGAACAAAGAGCUAAAACCAACCAAAACCCACCCAGUUACUUGCCACCAAAACCUCAAGACCCAGCAUUUUUUGCAAAGGCCACUCAGUCAAGGCAAGAAGAGCCACUUCCAUUUGUGGGGGUUUUCCUGCUUUCCCAUGAAAAAGUUCUUU